AUGCCUCACGCAGUUAACACCCUCGACACCACUCACAGCUAUGGUGACUGGCGGGACGACCUGUUCAAGAACGGGUUUGUUGUCGUCAAGAAUGUUAUUCCAAAGGAGAGAUGUGACUACUACAUCGCCAAGAUGUUCGAAUGGGCAGAGCGCUUCCCCUGGGGGUUCGACAGGAAUGAUAAAUCCACCUGGACUCCCGAGCACUUGCCCACGCAUAUGAAGGGCGGGAUGUAUCAUGGAUAUCGGGUGCAGCAUGAAAAGUUUAUUUGGGAGGCGCGCACGGAGCCCGGUGUGCUCGAGACCUUCUCUAAGCUCUGGGGAACCGACGAGCUUCUCGUUUCGUUUGACGGCAUGAAUUUCACCCUCCCGACCGGCAAGCCGCUCCCGCCUACCGAACCAUGGCCGCAUGUCGACCAGAGCCCCCUCCGGAAGGGCAUGCAAUGCGUGCAGGGUAUCCUAAAUUUUGCGCCCAACGGACCCAAAGACGGAGGUCUCCUCGUCAUGAAGGGCUCCUCAAAACUGAUGCCCGAGUUCUUCGAGGCCCAUCCAGAAGUCAUCGGACGGCAGACAUGGGGUUCAUCGGACUGGUUCGGGUUUGACGAAGAGGAGGUCAAGUGGUUCACAGACAGAGGGUGUGAACUGCUGAAAGUAUGUGCUGAUCCCGGGGACGUGAUCCUAUGGGAUUCGAGAACCAUGCACCAUAACUGUGUACCCACAUCGCAAAACCUGCGAGCCAUCGUCUACGCGUGUUACACCCCUGCUGCAUUUGCGCAACCGGAUAUCCUCCGCCAAAAGGCUGAGUUCUUCGACCAGCGCAUGGGAACUACACACUGGCCGCAUGAUAAUCUGUUCGUCCAUGGCAAAGAGCCCCUUCGUCUAGGGAAGGAAGACAAUGGCAAACGAGACCGACCGUGGGAAGAGCCUGUCGAGACGGAGCAGAUCCAGAAACUGGCGGGGAAAUUGGCCUAUUAA